AUAAUACAAUAUAACAAUACUGAUAACGAGAUUACUUUGUUAUUCAAGCUUAACGGUUUUUCUUAUUAAAAAGUUAACACAGACUAUAUGUAAAUGUAGUUUAGUAAGCUAUUCAACUGUCUUUCAAAAUGGCUAAAUUUGUCGUUGAAUUUUCACCUCCCGUCAAGACAAAUUCUCAAAUUAAUGACUGUAAAGAUGUCGAAAAUUAUCGAAUGAUUUUAGCACCAUUUCAAAAACAAACCCAAGUAGAAUUUUCUAACAUUAAACUUAAAGAAACAGCAGUCAGGUGUCUGACAGUAGUUAAUCCACUUGAUAAAUCAGGACAGUUUGUGUUACCUCCUUCUAGUGAUGGAAUAUACUUUGAUAUAUUUGAAUUUUCAUUAGGCCCUAAUCAGUGCCGUGAUAUUAUGAUUACUUGGAAUCCAUCACAAUAUGGAAAUAUACGCAAGUCGAUCAAAAUCGAGCAGAAAGACUGUAACAAGAAAUAUGAGUUUGUUAUAUUAGGAAAUUGUAUUUAUCCUCCAGGCAAAACAUCCAAGACUGUUGCUUCCAAUUAUUUAAAACCAAAAUUAUCAAACAUUUCAAAAAAAAUUGUAAAUUAUGGGCAAGCAAAUAAUUCUGUUAUUAAAAACAAAAUCAUCAAGGAAAAUUCAAAUCAAAUACCUGAAGUAAAAUCUAAUUUUCAUACAAAUAAUACAUAUGAAGAAGAUUCACUACAAUCACAGAUUAGAAGACAAACAUUUUUAGUGGGUGAAAAAGAAAAUUAUCCAGUUUCCAAAAAAAAUAUAUUAGGACGUGAUACAAUCUUAACGAGCCCUGAACAUAGUAUUAAACGUCCAGAUCCACAACGCCAAGAUCAUUGUUUUAAUAGUCAUUUUAACAUUCAGAAUAAAAGCUCAAGUCCAAUGAGUGAUGAUUCAUUAGACAAACCUUUAAAAAUUGUAUCUACACGAUCCCCAUUUAGUGAUUUGUGUUUUACCCCAUUAAAAAAUACUAAAAAUAUAAUGUCUCCAUUUACUACUUCAAAAUGUACUCAAAAUGAUAAUGAUAUACAACAAUUAAGUUUUGAUAUUCAAGAUGGAGCAUCAGCAUCUACAUCAUUAAAUUCUUCAUUUGGUUUUAAGCCAAUAGAAACUUCAACUGUUGCUAAAAUAUAUUCACCAGAAGAAAGAAAGCCAACCAGAGUAUCUGUAAAUCUUUUAAAUGUUUAUGAUAAAACCGCUGAAGAUGAAGAACCUGCAAGUACUACUUACAUAAAAGAUAAAAUUACCCAAGAAUUAAAUUUAACUCCACCUUUUUCUAGUAUAACAAAAAUUAACACAGGUUCAACAUCUUAUAAUAUGAGUUACCGUUCAAUGGUAACAUGCAGUGGUGUUAAACCCAAAAGACCAUCAUUUGCUAUUAAGAAUUCUCCCUACUAUAAAUGUAGUCCUAAGUCAACUGCAAUUACUAAAACUAAACUAAAACAAUAUAGUAAUAGUCCAAUUAGAGCAUCUCGAAUGAAAAUACCAAAUCUUGACAAGUGUGAUCAGUAUUUAAAAUGUCUGGCAAAUCCAGAAUUAGUGUAUCAUAAUAAUGCCGAAGAUCCAUUUUUAAAAAUGUCCCAAUAUUAUGAAACUGAAUGGCUGAAUCGUCAAGAAUCUGAUAUGAUUCGUUGGCUUAAUGCUCUUUUAACACCAACAGAAAAUUUAGUAGAUGAAGAUCAUUCUGGUGAUUUAGAGCAAGCUGCUAUGGCUUGGGUAGAAGCAUCUAAAGAUUCUCAUAAAAAUAAACCUAUGCAAUUGGCAACGCAAAAAGAUUUAUUUGUUGCACAAAUUUAUAGACAAUCUCCUCAACAAUGGAGUGCUUUACGAAAAGCUACAUCAAAUCUUUGUACUUCUCAAAGAAUAGCAACUGUAUUAUCAAAAUUAACAAUUUCAAUUGAGAAAGAUCUAAUUACAGUGAGAGAUGAUCGUCAAAUUCAUUUAGAUUUGAGUUUAAAAAAAAAGAUAAUUGAUUUACUCAAAUGUUAUAACCCUUUAUGGUUUCGUAUUGGUUUGGAAGCUAUAUAUGGACAAAUUGUACCUGUUAAAGUAGGUUCAACUGAUUUAGAUGGAGUAGGAUGGUUUAUUCGGAAAAAUUUAUUUAAUAAUGAUUAUGUGAAGAAAAAAUUUACCAAAACCACUGUUCUUCAAGUUAAUCUUCCAUCAUUCAAUAUUGCCAUGAAAAAGUUUAUUUUGCGUAAAAUACUCAUGCUCAUAUAUUUUUUGGAUUGUGCGAAAGAACAACAUUUAAUACGGCAUAACCCAUGUUUAUUUAAACUGGAUUCACCUUACAAAAGCAGUUAUGAUUUUCUUAUGGCAUUCUGUGCUGAUCUGGUAACAGCUCACGGUGAUAUAGUUCGUCGUCUACGUAACAUUGGUUAUAUUUUAACUCAUAAACAAACACAUUUAGAUGAGGUUAAUUAUGCUGUUAAAUCUUUGAAUGAUUUACGAGAUGGUACUAGAAUUACCAAAGUAGUGGAAAUUUUAUUUAAAGGUGAUCCAUUAUCACAAAAAUUACGUUUACCAGCUAUUUCAAAACUACAAAAAAUUCAUAAUGUAAAUUUAGCGAUACAAAGAAUUUUACAACACAUAACAAUUGAAGGUAAUAUAAGUACUCGAGAUAUUGUUAAUGGCCAUAGAGAAAAAAUUCUGUCUCUUUUUUGGCAAAUAAUUUAUAAAUAUCUAACUCCAAAAUAUAAUAAAGCUGCUGAAAAAAUCCAAAAUUGGUGGCGUAACAGUAGUUUAAAAUUGGUCAUUUUAAAAAGAAUAAGAGCAAAACGAAUUGCUAAACGUCACAUGGCUGCUAUCAUAAUACAGUCACAUGCUCGUGGAUUUAUAACAAGAAAAAAGUGGUCAAUUCUUAGGCCUCAAUUAGUAAGUAAUAGAGAAAAAUUACAUAUGGCUUCUACUACUAUAAAACGUUAUUUACAAAAAAAAUUAAAAUUUCUAACUGAAGAAAGAAAAAAUUUCAUUAUUUUAAGAAGAACUACUAUAUUUAUACAAAGUAAAUUUAGAGCUUACAUUGCUAUGAAAAAAGCUAAAGAAUUUUACUUAAAAACAAAACUCUCUGUAAUUAUCAUUCAAAAAGUUUUUCGUGGUUUUCUUAUAAGAAAAAAUUGGCUUAUGAUUAAAUAUAAUCUAAAUCAGGAAAAACAAAAAAGAACUAACGCUAUUAAUGUAAUAAAACGAGUUUUAAGAAAGAACUUACCAUUUACUGAUGAAAGAAUUAAUUAUCAGAAAUUGACACAUUUUACAAUAUGUAUUCAGAGACGUUUUAGAAAUAAUUUCAUGAUGAAAAAACAAAGAAAACAAUAUUUAAUUCUUAAACACACUGCAAUUGUUGUACAACAAAGAUAUAGAGCUAACUGUGCUAUGAAACAACAAAUAAAUCAAUAUUUAACUCUUAAACACGCUGCAAUUGUUGUACAACAAAGAUAUAGAGCUAACUGUGCUAUGAAACAACAAAGAAAAAUAUAUUUACUGUUACUAGUAAACAUAGUUCAAAUUCAAAGUUAUGCAAGAGGUUAUAUAUUUAGAAAACAAUGGCCAGUUAUAAAAGAAAAAUUAGAAAUCAAUAGACAACAUUUAGCUAAAUGUAGUAACAUUAUCAAAAAAGCGUUAAGGAAAAAUCUUCCUCUUACAAAUGAAUAUAAAUAUUUCACAAAAUUAAAAAAAUUUACAAUUGUGAUACAAAAACAAUAUAGGAUGAAAAAACAAUUAAAGGAAUACACAUUGUUAAAAAGUUCUGUUGUUAUUAUUCAGAAAAAGUUUAGAGCCAAUCAGGCUAUGAAACUGCAAAAGCAAAUAUAUAUUAAAACUAAAACUAUGACAAUAAAAUUACAAUCAUUAAUACGUGGAUAUUUAGUGCGUAAAAAUUGGCCUGAAACUAAGUGUAAUCUACUGGUUGAAAAAACAAAGCUAGUGAAUGCUAGUAAUAAAAUUAAAAAAUUUCUUCGGAGAUCCUUACCAUCUACUAAAGAGAGAAUACACUAUCAGAAAUUGACACAUUUUACAAUAUGCAUUCAGAGACGUUUUAGGACUAAUUUCAUGAUGAAAAAACAAAGAAAUCAAUAUUUAACUCUUAAACACGCUGCAAUUGUUGUACAACAAAGAUAUAGAGCUAACUGUGCUAUGAAACAACAAAGAAAAAUAUAUUUACUGUUACUAGUAAACAUAGUUCAAAUUCAAAGUUAUGCAAGAGGUUAUAUAUUUAGAAAACAAUGGCCAGUUAUAAAAGAAAAAUUAGAAAUCAAUAGACAACAUUUAGCUAAAUGUAGUAACAUUAUCAAAAAAGCGUUAAGGAAAAAUCUUCCUCUUACAAAUGAAUAUAAAUAUUUCACAAAAUUAAAAAAAUUUACAAUUGUGAUACAAAAACAAUAUAGGAUGAAAAAACAAUUAAAGGAAUACACAUUGUUAAAAAGUUCUGUUGUUAUUAUUCAGAAAAAGUUUAGAGCCAAUCAGGCUAUGAAACUGCAAAAGCAAAUAUAUAUUAAAACUAAAACUAUGACAAUAAAAUUACAAUCAUUAAUACGUGGAUAUUUAGUGCGUAAAAAUUGGCCUGAAACUAAGUGUAAUCUACUGGUUGAAAAAACAAAGCUAGUGAAUGCUAGUAAUAAAAUUAAAAAAUUUCUUCGGAGAUCCUUACCAUCUACUAAAGAUAGAAUAAAGUACUUGGAACUAAGAAAAAGUGUUAUGAAAAUUCAAUCUUUAUACCGUGCUAAUGUUCUAAUGAAACAACAUGAAAGAGAAUAUUUGUUACUCAAAGAUAGUGUUGUUACUGUCCAAAGGCAUUUUAGAGCUCAAAAAGCAAUGAAAAUUCAAAAAUCUAACUAUUCUUCCAUGAUAAAAUCUAUUAUUGUCCUACAGUCGCUUACUAGAGGAUACUUAGUUCGAAAACAAUGGCCAGAAAUAAAGAUUACUUUAGAAUCUUAUCAGAACAAUGUUAUUGAGGAACAAGAGUGUAAAAAGUGGUUAGCAGCCCAUGCAUUUCUUGUUAAAACGGAAAUUGAAAUGCGAGCUACUAUCAAAUUGCAAAAUUGGACUAGAAAUGUGUUAAUCCGUAAGUGCUUCCAGAAAAAGAAUGUUGCUGCUGUUAAAAUUCAGGCGGCUAUUCGUGGAUUUUUGGUUAGAAAGAACUUUCCACAACUCAUUAACAAACUACAAAUUGAAAAACUAUCCUAUGCCGCCACCAUUAUUCAGUCAGCUUGGAGAGGUUAUUGUAUACGUAAAAAAUACAAUUGUAGAAGAGAAACAAUUCGUUUUCCUAAACGAGGAGCUUUAACACUAGGUAGACGACAUCAUGAUGUGGAAGAUGUUCUGAGAAAACAAAAACGGAAUGAAUAUUCAUAUAAAGAGCUAGCUGCUGUUUUCUGGACUCUUGAAUUGUGUACAUCACUUUCAAAAGAGCUGUGUAUUAAAACAGCUGAAGGUACAAUUGUUGAUUAUAUUUUUCAUUUUCUACAAUAUUCCAAUCAAUCUCAACCUAGCAUAGAAGCUAGAGAACCUGCUAUACGCGUACUUACUAAUUUAUUGCGUUACCAUGAAACUUCUUGGCAUAUUUGGAGGAAAACAAUUAGAGCUGACAUGAUAAAAGAAUUAAUUAAAAUGAUGAAGACAAGCUGUGGAAAAAUCGGUGCUAGUAAAUUGUAUUGUUCAAUUGCUACUUGGCUUUGGAUUGCCAUGCAAGAUCCAGAAAAGAAAAAAAUUAUUCAAAAUAUUUCUAUUACUGCGAUAGACUUUAAAUUUAUGAUAGGCGUAUUAAAUAGAAAAUAUAAGACUCGAAAACUUGAUAAGAAAUUUAUGGUGUUACCAUCAUUAAAGCCGACAUGGAAUAUUGGUUCUAUAUGUCAAAAAUGUUUUGAAUCUGACCUUUAUGCUACAACUCAAAUUUGCAAACUAUUAAAUGUAAAGUGAUUUUUAAUAUUUUUCUAUUAUCCUAUAUAUUUUAUUUCUUUACGUUUUAUUAUUUUAUAAAAAAAGUUUUACUAGUUAUAACUGUUUAAAAUUUGUUGUGUGUAAUUAUAAAUAUUGAUUUAAA